AUGAAUUCAAUCAAUAUUGGAUGGAAUAAACAAGUACCCGAUCGAGUUCAAUUUACUUCUAAUACAAAAUAUAUCGAACAAGAUCUAACUCAAGAAAUGAAGAAUAAAGAGAAACACUCUAUAAAAAAAUUUGUUCGUUUUAACGAUGAAAUAUCUAGUAAUAAACAACAAGUAUUUGAAAAUGCUGCAUAUGAUGUUUCGGAAACAGUUCAUUCACAAAAAUCAAUUUUUAAAAAUCAUGGUUUUCCUACUCUAUCAACAAAUAUCUUUGCAACUAAAUUAUCAAAUAUCAAUGAUAAACAAUUGUGUAGUGCACGAGCUAUAUUUAUUACGUUAAUUAUUGUAGUAUCCAUUAUUAUAGUUACAGCUAUAGCUAUUGGUAUUGUAUUUGGUAUUAUUGGUUCUCGACAAAAGGAUAAUAAUGAUCAAAAUUCAUUAUCAACAGUAUCAAUAACGGUAUUACUCAGUAGUGUUAGUAUAGGAAGUCAAAUUGGACAACCUUGUUUAUCAUAUACAACAAUCAAUGAUCCUACACGAAAUAUUGCGCAAAAUCUAAAUUACGGUACUUGCGAUAAUGGACCCUUAUUUAAUGCGAGUAAUGGUGGUUCUUGGAUACGGUUUGUUGGCACUGGUGGUACUAUAAUUCCAUUUACAUCGGCUGGCGAUUACCAUUGUGGUGCUUUUUCAUCAGGUUGGUUUAAUGGUACGCUACCAACAGCAGUAGGUAUUUCAAGCAAUGGAACGGUAUGCUUCGGUGUAUAUAUGCAUUCUUGUAUUUCCAUGGUUAAUGUGAAAGUGGUUAAUUGUAAUGGCUACUUCGUUUACUUUCUACCUCCUGCACCUUUGUGUAAUGCGCGCUAUUGUACUACAUGA